UUAAAACUAAAUGCGCCUGCUUUGGUGGGCCGGGGUGUUUUCUUUUGCGAUGUCUGUUGCAGAGGCGCAAGGAGCGCGGCCGGAUCGCCGUGGAGAGCGUUCACGUGGUGGAGCAAGCGACGCUGGGGAGUGGCGGCCUCGAGGUGGCCGGCAGCGACUCCAGCGGGGGCAAUGGCGGGGGCGGUGGCGGUGUACCCCCCGGACUACCCUUCCAAGUUGGUUAUCGAGAAGCUGGCCAGGAAUACACGCUCUAUCUUGUCGCCGCUAGAGAGCAGGAUCGUGCCGACUGGAUUCGUGCUAUACGCGCUGUGUGCAGCGAAAAUCCAGGUCUAAGCGGACGUUAUCACACGGGCUUUUGGAGUGGCAAGCGGUGGUCCUGCUGCCGCAUGUCGAGUCGCUCGGCCGAAGGCUGUGACACCUGCAGCUCCUGGUCCACAAGUAGCAAGCCAUCGAGUGUCGCCAGCAUCACCUCCGCGUCUAAUACCACCGCUGUCACCACUACCACCACCACAACCACCACCUGCUCCGAGGCUAACAACAAUCCUAUCGUACAGGCGCGCUCUAAUAACGGUGAGUUUACCAAAAUCACGCCACGGGGCUCCCUUUGAUCGUGUUUCAUUAACGUAAGUAUACGAGUAAUUUCCGGCACACGUGCGUGCAUCCUCGCAUUAAAAUCGCGUCAAUCAGAACGGAGUAGCUCGUACGCACGCGUAUUUAUAAAGACUUGGAAGCGUUUCAAUUAUUUAAAUUGUUUCCAACGGUACUAGCUCCGCUGCGCAGAGGGCUCGGCGCGCAGCUGCCAGUUGGAUUUAAUUAACGUAGCAAAACUUUUUUAAUGGAACAACUUUGAUUCCUUAAUUCUUCCCAAUGUAUCUUUCGUUCUUUCGCCAACGCUGCGCGCUGCCGUUUCAAUCAGCACCCACCGCUGCCGCCGCUGCAAGUCUUUCAACAAUAGCGCGAAAGCCACCACGACUACUCAGCAAAACGUCCACGCAGCAGAGACGGCGAAAGCGAACGAUUAACAAAUAAUGCAUCACGCACAUCGAGCUAAUAAUAACAUCGCGGCAGUCCGUAAAAACGAAGAUGGAAUCCUCUUGGAAGUGAACGAUGAAUAUAAUAGAAUGGUCGGGCCGAAGAGACACGCAAUCGAUGAAGUUAAAUCCGAAUGCAAUAAAUUGACCGCUGUUUCGCCAAUCACGGCAAGCAGGAGCAGCGACAGCGGCAGCAGCUCGCUGUAAUACCAAGCGAGUAAAACCUGCAACGGCAGCGCAGCACGCGCGAUAGCGUCACGGGCGCAGACAGAGCGAGAGAGAAUCGGCGGUGGUGGCGGCGUUCUCUUAUUUAAUAUAUGGUGGCGUUGCAGGAACGGAGAGGGGCCCGCCGUGCUGUGUGCCUCGCUCGCGAGGCGAGGGGCCUCGGCUCAACGCCGAGGGAAAGGCCGAGCCAGCAACAGUCUAGUCUCAAAGACUGAAGCAAGCGCGAGAUACGCCGAGAAAGUUAUCGUCGUCGAGGCGUCCUCGUCGUAUACGAGGUUGCGAAACUUGUACCGUUACGAUGUCUCCUCCGACUGGUGUUGCGUGUAAAAUCUAUUAUCGUGUGUUGUGACGACGGAUAUGUAUUUUUUUCUAUUAUUCUUUUUGAACCUGUGGGUGGAAUGUGUUUGUGUGUGCGCGCGUCGUGCUCUCUUUCAAACGGACAGAAAGAAAGCGAGGUUAGGUGUGUCGAGCGAGCGAUGAAAUGAGCCCGUGACAGCCGAGCAAAAAGAAGAGGAGCAAGUGCCUUUCACGCGCUCGGCAGUGGUGAGGUCGGCUAACGUGC